UAGAAUAAAAUAUCAUGUCAGGAUCAGAAUAUGACACUUUUCCAAUUCACCCACCUCUAGUGCAUAUGGUAAUACAAAACUGGUUAUAAUCUGCUCAAGUCAAACUGUAAUUAGCCACAGUUCAGUUCAUUGCAAAAAAGAAAUCUCUGAUAACCUGAAAGCAUGCUGUCAGUCACAAAAUGUCAAGUCUGAGCUUUUCAGUAGUUUUGUGUAUUGUAGUAUAACAAGACAGAGAGGUUAAAGAAAAGAUUUUACAACACUGAAUACACUCUUGUUGGCUUUUGUACUUUUUCCAUGUACAGUAGGCCUUUGCUCAGAGCUACGUCUGGAGUUCAUUAAUUGGUUACUAGCUGGGUAAUGUCCAGGUCCUUACAGCUCAGAUCAUGUCAGGAUACACGGAGAUCCUUAUAAAUACUGUGCUGCCUUUCAAGGUCAUUAUAUAUGACUGUGUUUUAGGUAUGUGUGGGUGUAGUUUGAAACCAUUUGUUUGACCACAGCCAUAGUAUAGCUACAAUAACUCAAUAUGCUAAAUAUGCCUAAAAUAACUAAAUAAGCCCUAAUAUAAUUUACAAAUUAACUUUAUUAACUGCAAUGGGUAGCUGCUACAUUUUGUAGGUAUGUGAAAUGUUUCUGAAUCUGCAGAAAACAUUCAGAAAAGAAAAACAGUUUGUAAGAGGCCAUAAAAAUGGGCUGAAUGUCAAAAGAAGGGUAGUUUCAACAGCAAAAAGCAUUGUACAGAUUGUGGAUUGCAACUAUAUUAUGUGUUAGUGUACUUAUUAAUGAAGUUUGAAGCCAGUGACUUAUUUGGUCUAGUGGAAGCUUCCUGGCCCUUAUGUAAAAGCAGGGGAAUUUCAGAAGAAUCGUCCAUGAUAUGAUGCAACCAGUUGAUUAAGACAGUUAGGCUGUCAUGCAGUUUUCACAUCUUGAGGAAGUUUCUCUCAUAUAGGUUUUCUUUUGGAGGAAAUUACUGUGGCUUGGAACAGUACUGUGCAGUCCUCUGAUGUGGUUUGCAUUGUCUUUUUUGUCUGUGGUUUGUAAUGUUAAUUUUUUAGAAAAUCAAAAGUGAAACUGUAGAAUUUCCCAAAGCAUCAGCAGCUUCAUUUUCACUUUCUAGGGGAAGAUUCCCCUGCCUAGCAUGGAAGAGGCAGCCAUUCUAGUGCAAGGCAGUGAUUGCACUACAUCAUACCACCAAGAUGCUCUGUCAAAUCAUUCCAGUAUUAUUCAUGACCAGAAGUUGCUAAUGUGCUGCAAUCUGAUAAUUGAUGAAAGUUGUCCCUCAUGAAUGUUCAUGUGAAUUAUUUUGUUUUCUUCUCCUCAGUGCUAAUUUUCAUCACUGAGCGUAGAGGAAGAAAGCCACAUCCAGAAAAUAAAAGCCUGUGUUGACUAUUGUGAGAAGUUAAAGUGUGAAGAUGACAUAUGCGAGUGACAAGCUGUAUAAUGAGGUCGUAAAGAGGAUGAUGGCUCGUUUGGCUUCAGUAGUCAAAGUGAGAGAAAUCAUACCACACUUGCCCUGCCUCACACUUACUGAUCGGGAGGAGAUAGAGGCUAAGAGAGAAAAUGCCGGAAACUAUAGUGCUAUUAUAUUGCUGCUGGAUUGCCUGCGCAGACGAGAGAACUGGCCUGAAGAGUUCAUUGCUGCACUGGGGGCUUGUGAGCAUUGGGCUCUGGCUGAUGAGAUUGGCAAUGCUUAUGACAGAAUAAAGGGAAUCAACACUCGGAGGACAGUCCCUGCAGCUGUUGCUUCUGCUUCAGGUCCAGCUUCUGCUAUAGGUCCAGCUCCUGCUGUCAGCACUGCUGCUGCUGCUACCGCCUCUCCUCCUGCUCCUGCUCCUGCUCCUGUCCCUGUCCCUGUCACUGCUUCUGCUGCUACUCCAUCUCCAGCUCAAUCUCCAGCAACAACAGUUACCACAGCAACAAUCCACAAUGCCCCCCACUCCAUCCCUCCCUUGCUGACCCCAUCUCCAGUGGAGGCCCCAGCUCAGGCGGCUGCUAGUGUCCCUGUCAGCUCUUCCCCAGAGUCCCUUGCCAGCGUAGCUGCCCCAGGCCCUGCAGAACCACCUGCAUCAGUUUCAGCUCGAGAAGUUUCAGCGCCCCCUCCUCCUGAACCAGCCCAGCCUCUUGAACCCUCACCCCUAGUGUCAGUUCCCCAAGCAGAGCCUCCUUUUUCAGUCUCUGCUUCCAAGGUGGCCCCCUCUAUUAAGCAAAAUGAAGUCUCUUUUAACCCUGGAGUAAGACCCUCCUUAGACUCCUCUGAUGACAUGACUCUCACUGCUAUUUCUGAAGCAUCCUCAGCUGUUGCUACCUUCCUUUCUACUAACACUGUAACCACUCCCCCAUCCCAGCCCAACACACUCAGCACUUCUUCCCAGCUUCCUGCUGCAUGUGAGAAGAGCAAAAUACCACUGUCAGUCACCGAGAGCCCAGCCUCCGUGAAGCAUCCCAUUCAAGACACCAAUCCUCCAGAGAGGGAGACUGUCUUAGCCCAGAACUCAAACACCAAUGCAACAGUCAGUCAGUUUUUGGAGACGGCACAGACCACAAUGUCACAAAAUUCCCAGGCUCCGACAGCAUCUUCAGAAACAGCACAGGUUUUACCUUCAACAUCUAAUGAUGGAGUUGCUGGUCACCUGUCCCAUACAGCUGCAGUAAACGAGGAGUUUUUCAGCAAGCCUGGCACUCUCAUGGAGCCCUCCUUGGGCAGUUAUGAUGAUCUCCAGAUCAGCCGUCCCCCAACAGUGACUGCAGGCUCUUCACCAGUGCAACCAUUCAGGCCUGCACCUGUGUCCAGACAUCCACAGCCCGAGGAACAAUCAGAGGAGCCCUGCUCAGUCACUUCUGGCGAAUUAAUGUUCAGUUCCACCACAGGGAUCAGCAGCUCUUUAACGCAAGACUCCGAGCACUCUCCCUCUGACUACAUGGAAGUACCAACAGAGCCUGUUCCUGUCUCUCAUCUCACAGCUGCUGCUGACAACCUCGUUCCACACUCCACUCCACAGGAAAACAGCUUUCGAGAAGGAGAUGCUGCUUUCUGUCAUAAUCUGCCAGUGGAGGACCAUUAUGAGUCUUUCUCUCAGAGUUUGCUGGCAGAGCCAGGGACAUUGGUGAAUGUUGUCCAGGUUUCUGAGGAGCCAUCAAUUCUAAAUCUCAAUGGACAGCCUCCAAGCAUGAUUGGUAUUGCAGUUCACCCAAAUGAUAAAGAAGAAAGCCAAAACCACAUUACCCAAGCUGAGAGUACAUGCCAGGACUUGGGAUUCAAUUCUUCAGGGCUGAUUAACCCCCCUCAGUCAGAGCAAAGAGAAGAGUCCCAAGGAGUGCUGUCCCAACUUCAGCAUGACCCACGCCUUAUUGCAGCUACAGCAGCUGUGGCUGGCGUGGCUAUCUUGGCCAUGGCUUGGAAGCUCAAGCACUAACACGGGAGUAGGACCUACCAAAAUCUAAAUGUAUGCCACCACUGCUGCCUUGAUAAAGCAACAAAGUAUCUUAACUUAAGGCUGCCCCUUGGCAUAUUGCAGCCAUGUUUUAUUUAUAUUAUAUUUGAUCAAUAACUGACCAAGUUUUGUGAUAAGUGAUUUCCAGAAAUCAGCCCUGUACCUGUUAAGAUCAAGCAGAGAUCCUUAUUAUUAUUAUUAUUAUUAUUAUUAUUAUUAUUAUUAUUAUGAUUAGACACAUGCAUCAUGCAAUCGGCUUCGUCUUUACUGCUUCAGAAAACCUCUACUUUUUGUGACCCUUGUUGCACUGACCGUACAUUGUACUUUUAAAGUACACUGUUGAUUAACCUGUUAACCUAAAAUGUUAUUCAGGAAGCCUUCUUUUCAGAAAUAAUGAUUUUUUUCUUAUUAUAUGUAAUUCAUGAGGAGGGGAGUGCGCUCAUGUAAAACUCCAUGUAGAAUUAGUAGGUGUGCUUAUGGAGAAAAAAAUGUAGUGUUAGAAGGUGGCUGUAACUUUGCACCAAAGUUGGAAAACAUCUUAUGUCAGUAUGAAUUAUUUAUGUAUUAGUUCCUUUGCACCAGAGCAUGAAUACAGAUUUUAAACGAUAGCUCUUGCAGCUGUUCAGCGCUUAACUGAAUUUGAUUGAGGAUGCAACAGUUUUCUCAAUGACACUUUAUAGUGAUAUAUAUGAUCAUGGUCUUCCCUUCUCUUCCUCCUCUUAAUGCAGUUCAUCUGUGUCCUCUUAUCUAUCACUUCCAAUUAAAAUGACCCUGAUGUUUCCUUUGCGAAAGGAGAUGGUGCUAACAUUAGCACUAACUCUAAUGCUAAGCAUAUGUAGCCAAUGAUUGUUCCUGGUUCCCUCAAGAUCACCGUUAAACAUCACAACUGUUAGCUCAUGUGCCCUACUCCUCUCUCCUUGUAAAGGUGAACAAUGUAUAUAAUAUUAUAUUGGCUUUGUUUUAUUUGUGCUUCACAUCAUGAUUGUUGCCAGGUUUUGAUUUGCCAGAAUGGUGUCAUGGUAUUAGAUCUUUACAGUACACAAGUUACAGUAGAGCCAAGUUAAAAUGGAAAUAACCAUUUGGUGUGCAAAAUUGUGUUUUGUAUUUUAAUGUUUUCACCCUGAACUUGCCUUAUAAGCUCCAAGAAGAACUUUCCAGAAUUUUUAUUCUAAAUGGCAAAGACUCUGUAGAAUAGUGGAACCCAUUUUGGUAGGGACCUUUGUUGGAGACAGUGUCGCAGACAGAACUAAGUGCAUUAGCUGUGUAUGAUGGUAAAGAGCAUCUGUUUAUCUUGGUGUGGUAUAAUAUUUUGAUGAUGUCUAACUAGUGUCUAUAACUCUUCAGGAUAUGAUGUUAAUAAUCAACAUCAUAGAUCUUGAUACAUUUUCAGUGCAUGGUAUGUGUAAAGAAAUGCAUAUGAGCCAAGUGGGAGUCAGAUUAUAUUAUGGUGCAUAGAGGUAAUACUGUGUGUGGUGUUUGUCAACCUUUCCAAAGGAUAGGCUUUAUUAAGUGUUAAGAGUGUUUUUUCAAAAAAGUUGGAACACCAGGCAAAAUAUAAAUAAAAACAGUGCAGCAAUGUACAAAUUAUUUAGACCCUAUAUUUAAUUGAAAAUAGUACAAAGACAACAUAACAAAUGUUCAUUUUAUUGUUCUUUGAAAAAUACAUGCUGAUUUUGAAUGUGAUGCCAACGACACAUUUAAAAAAAAGUUGGGACACAGGCAUGUUUACCAUGCCUUGCAUCACCUCUACUUUUAACAACAUUAUGUAAGCAUUUGGGAACUGAGGAGACAAAUUGCUAUAGUUUUGAAAGUAAAAUGUUUCCUAUUCUUGCUUGAUAAAGAAUUAAACUGCUCAAAGGUUUGGGGUCUCGUCUAAUGUACUUAUCAUUUCAUAAUGUGCCAAAUGUUUUCAGUGGUGACAGGUCUGGACUGCAGGCUGGCCAGUUUAGCACUCAAACUCUUUUACUGUGGAGCCAUGCUGUUGAAAUACAUGCAGCAUGUGGUUUGGCAUUGUCUUGCUGAAAUAAGCAUGGCCUUCCCUGAAAACGACAUCAUCUGUAUGGUAGCGUAUGUUGCUCCAAAACCUGUAUGUAUCAUUCAGCAUUAACAAUGGCUUCACAGAUGUGCAAGUCACCCAUUUCAUGUGCAGUAAUGCUCCCCUUAUCACCACAGAUGCUGACUUUGGAACUGUGCACAGAUAACAAAUUGGCCAUCUUUAGCCAAGAGGAUGGAGUGUCUGAAACUUAAAAUUAUUUUUGGAAAAUUCAAUUGGUCAGACCACAAGACACACCACCUCAGUCCAUCUUAUAUGAGCUAUAGGCCCUAAGAAUGUGGCAGCAUUUCUGAAUUCUAGAGUAGAGUAGAAUUUUAAUUUGAAUUUGUGGAUACAGCAGUGAACUGUGGUCGCAGACAAUGGUUGGUCCGAAGAUCACAGUCAGCAAGUAUUGGGUUUUGAUGUAAAUCAAAAUCAUGAUGUAAAUCUCUGGGAUGCUCUUUUCAUACCCAGUCAUGUUAACUCAGAUAACAUAAAUAGUUGUGAGAUGUGUUUUUUUUUUUUUUUUUUUUUUU